AUGGGGGAGGGACACUCAAAGCAUACCCUGAACUACGGUUCUCUGAGCGAGGAAGAUGUAGAUAAAAUACGAAAAAGAUUUAACCUAAACAAAAAGGAAAUAAACGAGAGGGUCAGAACCCUAGAUUUUAUUUACGUGUAUCCUCACAUCUUAAGACCCUAUAUUGCCCUUGUACUUCCCUCCUUCUAUGAAGUGUUGAGAAAAACAAACAGGAAAAAUGAAAACAAGAUGAGUAAUUAUGCUUUGAAUUAUGCCCUAAAUAUCCUUUUUAAUAAAAACAGUAAAAAAGUGAAUAGUGAAAUAUCCCUGCAGGAUAUUAUAAAUAUACUGUCCUAUAUUCGUACUGUCAAAACGAGAGUUCUCGUGAGAAUAUUAUUCAGGACCUUUUUAAAGUACACAAUAUCGAAGAGAAAUAACCGGAGUAUAAAUAGCAAUAUCCAGUCGAGGAAAUUGAAAAAUGUAGAAGAGAAAGAAGAGGCAGAUAAUGAAAACGGCAUGGAGAGGGUCUUCCUUAAGGAGGAUGACAAUAAAAGUGAACCAAAAGGGGACACACCCUGUUGUGCGUUUAAAAGCGGCAGGGGGAAAAAAUCCAGUGAAGGAAUCUGCACAAAUGAGGAUGUGACCCUUGAGGAAGAGGGGGUAGACCAAGAUGGGGAGGGAGAUCCCCAGGGAGGAAGAGGUGUCCCCUACUUGGGGAAUAAUCCCCCAAAUGAGGAAAACGAUGUCGACGCGGAUACGGAUGAUGAGGACUCCCCUGGGGAAGAAGACCCUAUGGGUCGAAACCGAAACUCCUUCGAAUUCGUCCUCUCAGAUUCAAAUGUAAGAAUAAUAAAUAAAAAUAAAAAAAAGGAAAGAAAUUACAAAUUUAUCAAGGAUAAUAUAUUUAUUUUGGACAAACAUAAACUAAAGAAUCAGUACCCAAAAAACUACAUCAUGAAGGAUUUAAUAUCUGUGGAAGAAGCCAUGCACCACCUGUUCACCUACAUGUAUAUUGAGCAACUCUACAUGCUAUGCUCAGAUAACACUCUUUUUAAGCUAACAAAUAGGAACCCCAUUUCAGGAAAAAAAAACGACUUCUUAAAACUCUCGGCAAGCAGUGGCUACGAUGAUAUACCAGCACUGAACAGAAAGAACAGUUGGGACGUGGCCUAUUUCUUUAACGAACUGUUUUAUUCUCUCGAGGCAAAAUUAGACUUCCAAAAUAUUAUCACCGGAUUUAGACUUUUUGUAAACUCGAUCGAUAAUAACAAGCACUCCAUAUAUUCGCUGGCCACUGAAUAUAUCAGCUCGACGUUCACAGUUUUGAGUGGAAACUAUACCAACGCGACGUUUAAGCAUUUUAUGGACAGCGAUGAUGUCCUGUCGGGCGAGGCAGGACGGAAGAACGGGGACGAGCCAAACGGGACAAAUGAUGACAAAAGAGAAGACGAAUUCGAAAAUCUGAACGACAUGUGCAUAAACAGCAUAGAGCUGAUACACACGAUAUAUACGAACAUGAAAAAGAGCGAAAUAAAAAAAAGAAAAGAAAAAAGUGAACAAGAUGAAAAAAGAAGCAAGCUGAAUGAAGACAAGUACGAAAAGUCAUCUUCCAUAGUGGAAAUUCAAAAUGCAACAAAGGGGUGGAGAGGAUUAUUUUUAAACAAAACAAGUAAAAUAUUAACAGACGAAAUUGUUUUCACCUUGCGACAGUGCUCCCCAUGUUUCUUGAACAACGCAUGGUUUAGACUCUAUGCUUCAUGGAAACAAGGCACAAGUUUCAACCGAUUUAUUAGCUCUCUUUUCUAUUAUGAGUCCCCAGUUGUUAUUGUAAUCAAGACAAAGGAUAAUCAAAUUUUGGGAGCUGUGAGUACUACCCCCUUAAAGGAUUCUCACCUCUUCCAGGGUUCAUCCAACGAUUUCUUAUUUUCAGCUCAUCCCGUUUUUAGAAUUUUAAGAUCAAAUCAAUUUGGCACAAAUUAUGUCUACUUGAAUAGCAAAAACUCCUUUUAUCCAAAGGGCCUCGGGUUUGGAGGAAGAACUGAGUGCUUCAGAUUAUUUCUCAGUGACGAAUUUAAGGACUCCUACUGUACCCAGUCGGAUUACACAUAUAAAAGUGGCCACCUGUACUUCCCUCACCAUCAGAAGGAGAGGCGUGCUAGUCGAGACCGUAAUAAAAAGGAGAGUAGUAAUAACAAUGCUACCUCCACCAGUGGUAUCAAUUCUCGAAACGUGAGUCACACACGGGGAGCGUAUGAAGACGAGGAUGAAGACGACGACGAUAAUGCGGACAGAUUCCUUUAUAAACUGUCCGUCAAUGAGGUGGAAGCUUGGGGAUGCGGUGAUGAGAGGGCCCUCGAACAACAGGCCAUCAUGCAGCAGAAGGAGGAGGCGUCUAAACAGGAGAGGUCAACUGAUAAGUCCAAAAUUGUACAGAACAGUUUCGACAAGGAAUUCCUACUUCCCAAGGUUUUCGUCGGGGGAAAGUACGAGGAGCUAUCCCCAGAUAAGUAG